CGUGAACUUAAGCUCGGCAGUUUGAAUACGGAACGUUAUCGAUAUUUUUGGAGAGAAAUGCUUACACGUGUACAAAUGCCAGACAUCUGGCGGAAGAUUGAAAUAGCUUGGCAGACCUUGGAACAUGCUUUCGAUUUCAAGGACUACAGCAUCAGUUUAUUAUUGGACAGUUUGCAAGAAGCCGAACUUCAGCGUCGAACAGCGAACGGUGCCCAUAUAGAAAUAAUCGACCGAUCGUUGAAGGCACACCAAGCCCGACUAACAAACGUUGAUACGCUUUUCUAUGGAAAUAUCAGCACAACGCUAGCCGAUAAUGUUUUCCAGUCCGAAAAUAUUAAUUAUUAUCGAAAUAAGAGAGAAAUUGCUUUACGAAAAAUCAAUUUACUUAGAAAUCGCCGAGACGAAAAUACCUCAAAUAUCGCAACAAGUACUGCGAUUAGUAAAAUCGACUCAUUUGUCGAGGAUAGAGAGAACGAGAAAAGGAUAAUUACAACGCAACUUCAGAAGAAACUUGAAAACCUUUGGAACCAUUUGCGAAACCUUUUCUCUCACUACUAUAAACGUACAGAAGAUCGCCAAAAGGGUUAUGAAACGAUCAAGAAAAAGGAUCAGGUUGAUCAGCAAACGAUAGCUCGACAACACCUACGAAUCGCGAUUCUUUUCGAAGAGAUUGUGAAAUUUCGCGGCAAGAUUGCUUCUUACAAGAAGCAAUCUGCCAUUCAAUUACAAGAAAUUAUACGAGAAUCAAAUUUCUUUUAUAAUAUUUAUCGAGAAACAAAUGAGCGUUUCAUUUCUGGUUAUAAAAGAGAUAAAGAAAAAGCAAUGAUAAUGUCCAAAGAAUACAACCGUAGUGUAAAAUACAUGGAAAGUUUAAUGACCAAAGCUGAACGCAUACACGCUUAUAUGCAAAUUUGCCGAAAAUACGAAACACAAGAUGAAAAAAUACUUCCAAUAAUGGAUAGUUAUCCUAUGAGAUUACCGACAAUCGAUAAUGACAUCCUUCCGCUUCAAAUGGCUAUGAAAGACUUUCAACGUUCCAUUCAUUUUUGGCGUCGAUUAGGCUUUGCUCGACUGAUCGCCACAGAGCUGCGUAUCAAAAGAAAUCAGUUAUUCGCACAAACGGAUCAUCUACGCAAAUCUGUGAAACGAUCUUUUACCAAUCGGACAAGUCCGAUAUGUACUCCGUCGCGUAUUAAUGAAUAA